GCGAAUUGCUUGAUUGUUCUACCCCUGUUCUCACUCUCCCUACCCUCCCCGUACUCUGUCACCACCGGGACUUCUCAAGUACCACAUCAGCUCAGGCUGAUGUGGAUGGAACAGGACACCGGGGCACUGCCACGACGCAGUGCCAGGCUUGCAGUUCGUAGCCGUUCUGUGGUACCUCCACGAACUAAGUACCAACAACAGCGAUUCAGCAAGCAGACGACUCCAGCGGCAUCAAUUACGGAUGCCGUAGCUACCGCUAAGGCACAGCAGGAGGCAGCAGAGGCAGAACGUCAGCGGCUGGCCAAUGAGGCGGCAGCCCAAGCUCAGCAGACUGCUGAGGCUGACGCAGCGGCACGAGACCGACAGGGACUGUAUGCGAAUUGCUUGAUUGGUCUACCCCUGUUCUCUCUCUCCCUACCCUCCCCGUACUCUGUGACCACCGGGACUUCUCAAGUACCACAUCAGCUCAGGCUGAUGUCGAUGGAACAGGACACCGGGGCACUGCCACGAUGCAGUGCCAGGCUUGCAGUUCGUAGCCGUUCUGUGGUACCUCCACGAACUAAGUACCAACAACAGCGAUUCAGCAGGCGGACGACUCCAGCGGCAUCAAGUACAGCAAUUACAGUACUGGGUACCACCGGGGCUCUGCCCGCAUGUCCGGUCCAAGGGGCUUUUGAACCGUUGGCUGAUUACCUUCGGCGGCUACAAGCAUUUACGAAUGCCGUAGCUACCGCUAAGGCACAACAGGAGGCAGCAGAGGCAGAACGUCAGCGGCUGGCCAAUGAGGCGGCAGCCCAAGCUCAGCAGACUGCUGAGGCUGAUGCAGCGGCACGAGACCGACGGAAUGCCGCCAGCACGGAGUCCCUGAUUCAAAGUGAGAAUCAGUGGACGACGCUGCUCCAAGGCAUGAUCUUUGUGCCUACGGACGCGCAGGCGCCGACACCGGCGGAGACAGAGAGAAGUAACCUGGCUAACUUGAUGUUGAGCAUGAUGAGGGGAGUAAUGUGGAACAACAAACUGCUGCAGGCACACCUGCUCACGGAUCGACAGCACAAACAGAAGCAGCAGCAAGACAUUGCCGCUUUAACAACUGCCGUCCACGCCGCAGCAACACAGCAGCAGCAACAGCAUCAGCUGUUGAACUCCGCUCUCGCAUGCAUCAACAGCAUUGAGGCUAAAACCUCAGCAGCGCCAGGCUGCACGACAGACACAGUGAAACAGCUCAACGAGCGCAUUGACCAUGUCGUCACUAUUAUUGGCGAACUAGGUGAAUUCACUAGUCCGGCCACGAUCAGCAACACGGUGGCCGCCAUCAAGACGGACAUCACCAAACUGUAGACAAGACCGGACGCCGCUACAAAGA